AAUUCUCACCCAUCUGCUGACAGUUCUUUGAGAAAACCCGUUGAAGAUGAAGAAUAUAUUAAUUUCUUUCUUGUCGCUUUACUGCUUCGUGUUAAGUGUCCAGUCAGAAGCUGUAUGUCCUACUGACAAAAAGGCUGUGAUAUGUUAUUGGGGCAGUUGGUCCAUAUACCGACCAGGGUUAGGCAACUUUAAAAUCGAACAUAUCGACUUAGAGUACUGUACACAUUUCGUAUACACUUUCGCCGGUAUCAAUUUGAAUGGCGUCAUCGACUCACUGGAUUACCACAACGACAUUAAUUUGGGUGGAUAUAAAAAGGUUAUUGCGUUGAAGGAAGAGUAUCCUUGUGCUAAGGUUCUACUCGCUAUUGGAGGAUGGAACGAAGGAUCUGAAAAGUAUUCGUAUAUGGCAGAAGAUGAGGAGCGCCGUAAGGAAUUUGUUGAAAGUGUGAUUCGCUUUAUAAUCCACUUUAACUUUGAUGGCUUUGAUAUUAACUGGGAGUAUCCAACCGAACGGGGUGGCAUUGUAGAUGAUAGAGAAAACUACAGUCUGCUUUUGGAAAUGUUGCACAAGGAAUUGUCGAAACGUGGUCGCAUUUUAACUGCAGCGGUGCCCGCAAAUUUAUACACAAUCAAUAAGGCAUACGAACUCGAAGUCAUGUGCAAUAAUUUGGAUUUACUUAACAUUAUGGGAUAUGAUAUGCAACAGCGUGACAAGACCAGCGUUCAUGCCCCAUUAAAACGUGAAAACAGCGAUCCAUCGAAAAAGGAGACUCUGGAAACCGUUGUACAACAUCUGCUCAAGAGCGGUUGCCCGAAAGAAAAAUUAGUUUUAGGUAUACCAGCAUUCGGACGGAGCUAUACGUUGUAUUCACAGUAUUCAACUGGAUUAAAUGCAUUGGUUAAAGGAGUUGGUAGGGCAGGAAAUUUUAGUCAAUCCGAAGGUUUUCUAGGAUACAACGAAAUUUGUGAAGAGGUGAGGUCAGACAAUGGCUGGAAGAUUACUUACCUUCGGAACAGUGCUGCCAAGUAUGCAUCGAAGGGUGAUCAGUGGAUCAGUUUUGAUGACGUUGACACAGUUCAACAAAAGGUCCGCUUCGUGAAAGAGAAAAACUUGGCUGGUGUUAUGCUUUGGUCAAUUGAUACGGAUGAUUUUCAUGGCGACUGCUUCGGUGAAUCUUACCCGUUAUUAAGUGCAAUCAACCGAGAACUAUAUUAACGUUACUCCAGAUUAAUCGAAUGAAAAAUCAUUAUUUCAACCAUAAAAUUGAGAAAUUUAAUGCAAUAAAAAAUAUUUAUAAUCCAGCA